AUGGAAGAAACGUGGCGAAAUCCGGCUGCUACUGACGAGAAACACGCGAAUCAACGAGCCUACGUCACGUGUAAUUACGAUAUGAUCAAUCCGAGUAAUUGGUUGUUCAGCCAUUUUAUCGAGGUGCAAAGUGCGAGAAGAGUCUACAUCGAACUUCUUUUCAACACACGCGACUGUGACGCCUAUCUGAAUCCGAAAUCAUGCAAAGAGACGUUCUCCGUCUACCUGAAACAAUUCAAUACCUCGCGCCACGGCUCGACAAAAAUCGAAAAAGAUCGAUUCGAGAAGGAUAUCGAUAAUUGGAAAAAUAUCGGACGACUCGCGAGAAGUAACUCGAAUAUGACCACCGAGACGAUUGGAAUGGAGAUUGAGGCGGAUACGAAGAUGAUUCGAAUCGCGUUCGAGGAGCAGGGAAUAUGCUUGUCGUUGUUGAAUGUUAAGAUCUACUACCGCAUCUGCGACGAGUUCACCGACCAACUCGUCCAUUUCCGUCCACAAGUCACCGGACCGAAAGAGACUGAUAUGGUACGAAUGAACGGAACAUGCAUUCCGAAUGCCUCUCGUAAAAUUGCGGGAGUCGAUUUGAUUGGACUGUGUAUGUCGACUGGAAGUGGAAUUAAAACGUCCGGAGAGUGCGUUUGUGAUAGUGGAUACUCGCAGAUUGCCGAUUCGAAUGGAGCACGGUGUGAGAGCUGCCCACCAAACACGUACAAACCAAAAGGACAAUCGCUGUGCAAACCGUGCCCGGUGAACUCGAUUUCCGGUGAAGCCGCAAGCUCGUGUCGAUGUGUCAAUGGAUAUUUUAGAGCGGAGGAUGAGUUGAUCUCGCAGCCGUGUUCUCAACCACCCUCCCGACCGAUCAAACUCGUCGCCACCGCCAUCACCGCCUCGUCUGCUCGUCUCUCAUGGAACGAACCGUCAAGUCUUGGAGGUCGCCCUGAAAUUUGGUAUGAAGUACGAUGCUCCUCGUCGGCUCGUGGAGAGUGUGGAGCCGUUGUUAUCAGUCCGGCCGACAAGAGACUCUCGACAAGAUCUGUGCAAAUAAAUGGACUACGACCCGCAUCGGAUUACACGUUCCUAGUAUUCGCCAGGAAUAAAGUGUCGAGUGAAAUUGGGGGCGGAGCCGAGAAGAGUGCUGUAAUCGAUUUGAGAACGAGAUCAGAGGAGGAAGAUGUGCCGCCUGUUAGCCAUUUGAGAGUAGACGCCUCCCAAUCGGAUGGUGUCACGAUAGCGUGGAGUACCGCCGAUUCAGAUGUGACGGAUUUUGAAAUAGAAGUUCGGCCGGCUAUUGUAAAGCCACGCGCGUUUGAAACUCGACAUGUCAAUAUGACAUAUACUACGUUCAUCGGAUUGAGACACGAUACAGUAUACCAGUUUCGUGUUCGAGUGAAAGAUGAUCUACGAUGGAGUCAAUCUAUCAGUUAUCAAGUCGGCCGGGGAUUGGUUAGCUCCGCCCCCUCUGAGGAGUUGGGAGAGAGCCAGUUUUUAAAUCAGACUGGAAGUGCUCUACUCAUUAUAAUCGCACUGAUAUUAGUCGUCAUCGCCGUCGCACUUUGUAUGAUUGUGGUGCAGAAGAAAUCGAAGAAUCGAAAACAGAUGAGCGAUUUGGAUGUGUUGGACACGUAUAAGCAAGAUUCAAUGACACCGGACUAUCACACGACAUCAAGACAUCAUCAUCAACACGGAAAUGUUCCGGCGAAUCUCCACGAACAACUUCGAUCGACGACAAAGUUAAACGCUCCACUCAUUCCCUCAUUCGGCUCACCAAUCUCUCAACCACCUCCUUAUUACGGUGGCGUCCAUUCGGGUACCUCAGGAAAAUACAAGACAUACGUGGAUCCGACGACGUAUGAGGAUCCAUAUCAGGCACUCAUCGAAUUCACAUUCGACAUCUCCCCAAACGACGUCUUCAUCACUCAAGUCAUCGGUGGUGGCGAGUUUGGCGACGUGUGUCUUGGCGGACUCUCCCGGAACUCUCCGGCUGCAGCCAAAUGGGGAGCUACAGUACCCCGUGGAGGGGGCGGAGCCUCUGAACAGUAUGAGACUGUCGCUAUCAAGACGCUGAAAUCGGGAAGCAGUGCGAAGGCGAAAGCGGAAUUCCUGACGGAAGCCACUAUCAUGGGACAAUUCUCUCAUCCGAAUGUGAUUCGAUUGAUUGGAGUGGUGACGUCAUCGGAGCCGGUGAUGAUUGUCGCCGAGUACAUGGCCAACGGAUCACUAGAUCAAUUCCUGAGGAGUGCAGAUCAACGAGGAGAGAAAGUCGCUUGGGAGAAGAUUACGGAGAUGUUGUACGGAAUUGCGUCAGGAAUGAAGUAUUUGACAGAUAUGGGUUAUGUGCAUAGGGAUCUGGCAGCUCGAAACGUGCUUCUCGACCAAGAACUUCGUUGUAAAAUAGCGGAUUUCGGUUUGUCGCGUGGCGUCCGUUCAGAAGGCACCUCAAUCGAACCAGAGUACACAACGAACGGUGGAAAGAUUCCAGUGAGAUGGACUGCUCCAGAAGCGAUCACUCAUCGGAAAUUCACACCGUCCUCCGACGUCUGGUCAUUCGGUGUCGUCAUUUGGGAAGUUUGUUCAUUCGGCGAACGGCCCUAUUGGGAUUGGACGAAUCAGAAAGUGAUAAGCGAGGUGAUGAUUGGAUACCGAUUGCCGCCUCCGAUGGAUUGUCCGAUGGGUUUGUAUCGGGUGGCGCAGUGGUGUUGGAAGAUGGAACGACACGAGAGGCCGACGUUUACUCAGUUGUUGGCUACAUUCCAUAAAUAUAUACUCCAACCCGCACUGAUUGAGCAGGACCUCGGAGAGCUCCCACGACGGGUUAUGAGCCAAGCGACAUUGGGUUACGGUAGUGUGGUACCCACACCGCCGAGCAGUGCCGCACCGAUGCCGUCGCUCGAUGAUUUCCUGCGACAAAUCGGGUUGAAUCACGUUUAUGGGAAACUUGUGUCCAAUAAUAUUCACUCGGUUAGUGACUUGGCUGCCACGUCACACUUGGAUCUGCUGGCGUGUGGACUCAUCUCCCCGGAAUGUUCGAUUGUUAGAGAUGGACUCAAUGGGAGAAUUGGGACGACACCUCCAUCAUCAUCAUCUGGAUCGAAUGGAACAAUCCACGCGACGACACGUGGAACACGUACCACACGACCCAGGGAGGAGGGAUUCUUUGUGUAG